AUGAACGGGGACUCUUUUCGUGAUUGGUUGGAAGGUGUUUUGCCGAAACUCAAAGACAACGCUGUCAUCGUAAUGGACGCUCCUUAUUAUUCGGUGAAAAUUGAAAAAUGCCCAACUACGAAUUGGAGAAAAGCUGACAUAAUUGCAUGGCUCCAGAGCAAAGGAGAGCAAGUCGACAACACAAUGCUUGUCGUAGAAUUGUUGGACCAAGUUAAAAAAUUGAAACCAUUAUAUAACAAUUAUGUCAUCGAUGAAAUGGUAAAAGCUAACAAUAAAAUUGUCCUWAGACUUCCUCCGUAUCACUGUGAGCUUAAUGCAAUUGAACUCGCAUGGGCUAUAAUUAAGAAACAUGUCAAAGAUAACAACAAAACUUUUAAAUUACAAGAUAUAAAACACUURUUAAUUGAAGGAGUGAAUAAAGUUAGCCCUGAUAUGUGGAAAAAUUUUGUCGGUCAUGUGAUAAAGGAGGAAGAAARAKCAUGGAGUUUGGAUAAUGUGGUCGAAGAUCUCAUGUCAGCAGAAAAUCAGCCUUGUGUUCUUACUAUUGGCCAAAGCGACACGGAUGAUGACUCGGACGACGAUGAUGAAGACUUCAGAUAUCUAUCAGAUACAGACUAA